CAGCUGUAUCGUGUUCUGACAAUGAGAAGUGUCGCUGCUGCGCGAGUCAGGGCAAGCGACAGAAAGGUCCCGGAGAGAAAGUGAGCUCCUACUUCUAAAAGCGACUUUUGGAAUAAUCGCUGCCUCUUGGUGCGUGGGAAAGCGAUCUUCAGCCAAAGAGUCAUAGGAGUGAAUGGAAGAAUGUGGCAGAGGACAAGUAUUUUGGGAGGUGUAUAAGCCCCUCUGCAAGAUGAAUAUUUGCACUAGGCCUGGAGUGACACUGCAAGAGGUUUUUUUUUGAACAUCUGAUGAAUGGCAAGAGACACGAUUCUGUCUGACCAUAGACACCUUAAUAUCAAUAACUGGCAAGACUCCAAAUGGAAGAUGUCUGUUUCCCAGAAUGAUCUGUGAGACCGUAAAUGGAGAAUACACACAUUGUGGUUUAUGCAGUCCCCUGUAUUCAGAUCAUCUACACUAUGGCUGCAGUACAAGCUCUUCCAUUAUCCAUUGACCAAAACACUGAGGCCAGUGGUAGCCAAAGCCACACAAACACAAGGUCUCCUGUCACAGAAAAUACGAUGGGAAGCGUCAGCAGCUUAAUCUCUGGGAGGACAUACCAUGACAAGCAAUGCAGGGCCUCCGAAUUCAGCAACAAGUGCCGCAAACCAACCAACAUGCCAAACUGUUUUAAACAACAAGAGGGGCUACUAAAAACCAAUUAUAGCUCACAGGAUUUUCUGUUUAAUGGGCUUCCUACAAAGAAACCCUCGACUACUACCUCUGGAAAUAAUGGGAAUUAUGUCUAUGUCAAUGAGGACUUUAAAGAGGAAUGGCAUGACGCUAGAGUACCAAUCAGCCCCUCUAGUGAUGCUGAAGAUAUUCGGGAAGAGAGAUCCAUCAAUGGAAAUAUAAGAGGGCCUCCACCCAAGCUCAUUCCCAUUUCAGGCAAAUUAGAAAAGAACGUAGAAAAGACUUUAAUAAAACCUACAGCUUUCAAACCAGUAGUGCCGAAGAAACGCAACCCCUCACUGCAGUACCUUGUUCAGCGCAAUGGAGGGCCAGGCCUUUCAGAAAGUCAGAGCAGUCUGAAUCUUCUAUUCAAUGGCAAUUCAGCAGGGAUCCCGGAAAAGCACAACUCCUUGAGCUGUCGGAACAUCGCGCAUUCUGGUACCAUGUCAGACUCUGGACGCACUUCCUUGUCAAGCCUUCCAACUUCCAACACGAACUGUAGUCACCAGCUAGACUCAGUCAGUGUUUCUAUGGGUCAUAUUAAUCUGGAUAAUCACAGUAACCUAAAUGGAUAUUCUGAUCGAGCAUCCAGGGGUCGCACUCGUCCUUCAAACUCAGACAGUGGGCGCUCUUCAUCUAGCAAGAGCACCGGGUCCCCGAUCUUGAACGAUGAAAUUCUGAUCAGAGAACUGGAGGAAAAAUUAAAGGACAGGGAAAUGGAGCUUCAGCAACUUAAAGAAAAUCUGGACGAAAAUGAAGCUGCCAUUUGCCAGGUGUAUGAGGAAAAGCAGAAGCGGUGCGAGCAAGAAAUGGAGGAGUUACGACAGAGUUGCGCUCUGAAAAUGAAGCAAGCAGCCCAAAAGGCUCAGCGGCUCCAGCAGGUUCUUCAGCUGCAAAUAUUCCAACUGCAACAGGAGAAGAAGAAACUGCAGGAGGAUUUCUCCCAGUUACUGCAGGAAAGGGAGCUGCUAGAGAAGCGAUGUGCCUCGUUUGAGAGAGAACAGACAGAGUUUGGGCCUCGCCUAGAGGAGACCAAGUGGGAGGUUUGUCAGAAAUCUGGUGAAAUAUCAUUGCUGAAGCAACAGUUGAAGGACUCCCAGGCUGAGCUUGCACAGAAAUCAAAUGAAAUACUGCUUCUCCGGUCUCAGUUCCGAGAGGCUCGAUGUGACCUACAGAUCAGUGAGGAGCAGGUGCAGGAGCUCCAGGACACAGCUCACACCAAGACACUGGAGAUGGAAGUGUGCGAAAAUGAACUGCAGCGCAAGAAGAACGAAGCAGAGCUGUUGCGGGAAAAAGUCAGCAAGUUAGACCAAGAAGUAGCCAGUCUAAGGGAAGCAGCUGUAGCCAGCCUACGCCAUGGACUAUGCUUCUGCCAUGAGAAGGAGGACCCUUUCUUAUUAUAUGAAAGUGAUGAGGCCAAAGCACAGCGUCAGAAUGCAGACAACCUGCAGGGCUUGCAGCAGUAUGUGGAGCGUCUCAGGGAAGCCCUUGCAAGCGAGCGCAGCAGAUAUCAGGAGCAAGCUGAACACUUUGAAGAUGAGCGGCGGAAAUGGCAAGAGGAAAAAGAGAAGGUGAUACGGUAUCAAAAACAGCUGCAACACAAUUAUAUCCAGAUGUACCAGCAGAACCGUGAGCUGGAGAGGGACAUUAAGCAGCUGACCGUAGAACUUGACGCAAGAGAGUUCAAUGAGUUUGACUUGCACGGGGCUGAAAUUCAUUUUGAGGAAAUUACAGCCACAGAAAUCUAAAGCCAAUGAAUAUGCAGAGCUACCACAAUUGCCUUUCUACACACCUACAACAUUCCAGCCAAUGGUUUUGCCAAAACACAACUCAAAAAAAAAAGCUCUUCCAUAUGACUUGCUGUGGAUAAACCAUAUUUGAUUUGUUUUGACAGGGAACCAUAGGUUUAUGGACAUUAACACUAAAUGCAACUCGAUCUCUAAAUGGCAGAUCUUGAACACUGAAUUUCAUCCAAAAUAUAGUAUUAAGCAGCCAUAUAUAUAUGUAUACUCACAAAUGAUAUGGAAUUUCAUUGUCAUUCAAUAAGGAAUGUAUGAUACUAUGUACAGCACUUAUUUUUGUGUUUGCAUAUCACUUUUGUUUAAAAAAAAAAAACCCAUCAUGUUAUGUAAUUUGACUGAA